GACAUUGCGUGCAAAAUCCUCCCCGCAUUGUGGGCCCCACCCCAACUCCCCCAAAAGGAUAAAGCAGGAGCCCAAUUAUUUAUGCAUUUAAAGAAUAAAAUAAUAUCUAAUUUAUCUACAACCGAUAAAUAUGCAGCGCGUGGCUCACAAAUUCAACCCAUACUCGCACUUCCCUCCUAUCAUACAUCACUCUUGCCAUCCGAAGCAGAAAUCUCAAGGCCCACGUGGCGACCGUCGGCCGGUUCGGGCGUCUGGCUCGGGAGGCAGCCGCUCUUUGGGUCUUGUACGCUUUCUAUUUCUCUUUCUCUCUUUUUCUCUAUCAUCUUCAUCUUGUUCAGUUUUCCACCCUUUACACUUACAUAUACUUCUCUGCUUUCUACCCACUCAUUUCUCUUUUUCUUUUUAAUUUAAUUUCACUGUUACUUUUCGUAAUCGCUGUUUGAGGGCUGGUGAUGGCUCUGAUGAAGGACAAAUUAAGAGUAAUUUUGCUUUCAUUCCCUUGACGACAACCAGACAAAUACAUUGCUUGGCUACAAAUUUCUUGAUGUAAAUAGUUAUAAUUGAUCGUCAUAUGGGGGGAGCUUGUUCUAGAAAACGAGACCAACAGGUUAACGAGGACAACGUGAACAGAGGAAUUUCUAAAAGAUAUAUUAAAAGUGGGAGCUCAAAAUGGCUUGGGACUUUGUUUCGAGCAUCUAUGGACUGCAGUCAGGGCGAAAAGAGUUGCCCAUCUCUUAUGGAUUUGUGUAUUCGCAAAAUUCGUAAAGAUUUAAACAAAUAUAGCACUUUCUCAAUGCUGCCAAGGGAUAUAAGCCAGCAGAUAUUUGAUGAUUUGGUCUACUCACAAUUACUAAAUGAUUCCAUACUUGAUGCGUUUAGGGAUUGCGCUCUACAGGAUAUUAAUUUGGGAGAAUAUCCAGGGCCAGUAGUUAACGACAACUGGAUGGGGGUUAUCUCUUCACAGGGUUCAUCUUUACUUUCUGUUGAUAUUUCGGGUUCAGAUGUUACUGACGCUGGGUUAAUUUAUCUUAAAGAUUGCGAGAACCUUCAAUGGCUGAAUUUUAAUUUCUGUGAUCUAAUUUCGGACAAGGGUCUCCAACAGAUCAGUGGUUUUUCAAACCUGACAGCUCUAAGUCUUAAAAGAAACAACUUGAUAACUGCUCAAGCAAUGAGUUUCUUGUCUGGCUUGAUCAACUUGGAGAAGUUAGAUCUUGAGAGGUGUCCGAAGAUCCAUGGAGGACUUGUUCAUUUACAAGGACUUACAAAGCUCGAAACUUUGAAUGUUAAUUGUUGUAAUUGCAUCAAUGAUGCCGACAUGAAGGCUCUUUCAGGUCUUACAAACUUGAAGUCAUUACAAAUUGCAUCAAGUAAGGUCACCGAUAAUGGUGUCACCUUUAUAAAAGAUUUGAAAAGGCUUGCUCUUUUAAACAUGGAGGGUUGCCCCGUCACUGCAGCUUGCCUGGAAUCACUCUUAGCUCUUGAUGCCUUGUUAUAUUUGAACCUCAGCAGAUGUAAUUUAACAGAUGCUGGAUGUGAAAAAUUCUCAAAGCUGCAAUCUUUGAAAGUCUUGAAUUUGGGAUUCAAUGAGAUCUCGAGUGCUAUCUUGGUGCACCUUAAAGGUCUCAUAAACUUGGAAAGCUUAAACUUGGAUUCUUGUGGUAUUAAUGAUGAAGGGAUGAUUCAUCUUGCAGGUUUAUCUCGUCUGAAAUUCUUGGAGUUGUCUGAUACUGAAGUUGGAAGCAACGGAUUACAUCAUCUUUCUGGGUUGCUUAAUCUGGAGAGUUUAAAUCUAUCAUUCACUGUAGUGACUGAUGGUGGAUUGCGAAAAUUGUCUGGUCUGUCAUCUCUCAAAUCCCUCAAUUUGGAUGCUCGUCAAAUUACAGAUGCCGGUCUUGCUGCUCUUACAAACUUGACUGGACUAACACAUUUGGAUCUCUUUGGAGCACGGAUUACUGAUUCUGGAACCAAUUAUUUAAAGUCUUUCAAGAAAUUACGUUCGCUCGAAAUCUGUGGAGGCGGGUUAACAGAUGCAGGUGUUAAGAACAUCAAAGAUCUUACAUCCUUAACACUCUUGAACCUCUCCCAGAACUGCCACCUCACGGACAAGAGCUUGGAAUCAAUUUCCGGACUCACACAAUUGGUGUCACUAAACGUGUCAAAUUCUCGUGUAACGAGCGCUGGUCUUCAGCACAUAAAGACGCUAAAGAAUCUAAAGUCGUUGACCCUUGAGUCGUGCAAGGUGACCGCCAAUGAUAUAAAGAAGCUUCAGUCCACAUAUCUUCCAGGCUUGGAUCUCAUUUACCUAAGACAAAAAAUUGAAACUCAAGUCAGCCCCGUACAGAUCUUCCUUCAUAUCUCUCUCUCUGCAAAACCCAUCUCCAAAUCUUCCUUCCUAUCCGCCAAACCCCCGUCCCAAGCCAGCCCCAUCCCUCGCGCCGCCGCAUCCGCCUCCGUCUCCGCCUCGCUCAAGCAUCGCCGCCCCGCGGACGAGAACUUCCCCCGAUCAUCUCCCGCCGUUUCGGUCAUACCGUCGAUCAUUGUUUGUGGUUCUGGCUACGCCUUCCUUCUCGUAAUAUAUCUCAGUUCGCCGGUUGUUUUUCCCGUGGAGGCGGCUUCCUUAGGAUUUGAAAUAGCAUCGGAUAUGGAAGUGGAGGUCGGGAAGGUGAAGAGGAAGAGGUUCUCCAAUGGGGAGAUUUACUUCUAACUGGAGGAGAGUGUGAGGGGUUGUGACGUUGACUUUUUGUUGGAACUUAGAUAUCAAAUAAAGCCCUAAGAAAUUAUUCGUUAUAUGUUUUGGUAUAUGUAGUAUGUAUAAAUAGUAUAUGUUCAGUAUAUGUACAUUAUAUGUACAGUUAUUACAUCUUAGUUUAUGUUCUAUGUACAAAUUAGUUUGUGAACUAAUGUUUUUUUUUC